GUGAGAUGACACGACGUAUUUGCCUCCAUCUUUCGGUGUCAGAGUCGUUUUUGCACGGAUAAGCAGCCGUUUUGUUAAAUCGUGUACAAAUGUAAUUUCGGUUGGCGGGAGAAGCCCUCGUCCCGUGUUUUCCCGUCGUCUCCUCGGCUCACACAGGGAGCAGUGGGGAAAACAAACAGGUCGGAUGAAGGAAGAUUGGUAGCCGGUUGGAUGUGGAGGUUGUUUGGCGGUGAAUGAAUUGUGUGUUCAUGUUGUAGGCUCUAUUUUUGCGCUGUUUUAAAGUUAUCUUACAUUAUUUUGGUGCUUUCCAGUACGGUGCAUUCAGGACACUGUUUAGAGUUGUUGUCCUUCCGAGCAUGUUGUCGCCUUCUAACAUUUUGUCAGGGCUGUCGGAGCGCGUAGUCUACCCGCUGCGGUUUUGUGUUUUUCUCGACGUUGUUUACCGGCUUUUAUUCGACGUUUAAUGAUUUAAAUUCACCGGUUUGCCGGCUCUGGAUCCAGUGAGACACUUUUAGACAUGCAUACGAGGCGUUUAGUGAAGCGGUCGAUCCUCGGCAGCCGUGUUUAUGCGCCGAGUCCGACGGGGGACGGUGCCCCGGUGACAGGAGUGGUCCAGGCUGUCAAGCAGGAAAACAGAGACGUCUCGGCCGCAGGAGCCCGGCGCAGCGUCUACACCGUGCUCAUGCAAGACGGGAGCCUCAAGGAGUUCUCCGAGGAGGAGAUAGCCGCUGGGUUCAACAAUACUGCAGCCAAAGGACCGCUGAAGUCCAGCUUGAAGCAGAGCUCCAGUAAUGGAGCUCCAGAGGGCCAGAAGAUAGAAGGAGGCUCCCUCAGCCCGGAGGCAGUGGAAGAGCAGCGGGUGGUGGAUGGCAAGCGUGCUGGCCGGGACCCCGACACCCGAUCAGUGUCCCUGCUAGAGCAGAAACGGAAAGUGGUCUCUUCCAGCAUUGAUGUUCCACACGCCAGACGGUCAGAAGAGGAAGUAGACAUGGACAAGGUGACGGCUGCCAUGGUACUUACAAGUCUCUCUACCAGCCCACUGGUCAGAAGUCCACCUGUCAAAGUCAGCGAGGGUCUGGGUGGUUCAUGGAAGGACAACGGUUCAGCCGGCCCCUUCACCCCGUCUAGCAACAGCUCCUCAGGAGGUUACUGGAGCUGGUCCGCCCCCAGUGACCAGUCCAACCCUUCCACACCUUCUCCUCCGCUCUCAGCAGACAGCUUCAAGCCCUUCCGUGUGGCCAGCCUGGGUGGCGUGGGGCCUGGCCCCGCAGGGCCCGAAGACCCCAGCCUGGAUGAGCAGGAUGGCAGCAGCCUGCUCUUCGAUGAGCCCAUCCCUCGCAAGCGCAAGAACUCCAUGAAGGUGAUGUUCAAGUGCCUGUGGAAGAACUGCGGCAAGGUGCUGAGUACUGCUGCCGGCAUCCAGAGACACAUCCGCACCAUCCACCUGGGGCGUAACUGUGACUCGGACUGCAGUGACGGCGAGGAGGACUUCUACUACACUGAGAUCAAGCUCAACACAGAUUCAGUGGCCGACGGGCUGAGCAGCCUGUCCCCCGUGUCGCCCUCCGUCCUCUCUCCCCCUCCUCCUCCCCCUUCUCCUCUCCCUUCUCUCAGCCAGCUGCCGGACUCCCACAGACCCCCGCAGCCCUCUGACACCAAGGAGCCUCACGUUGGCGGCACCACCCCACUUAGCCGCUCUGCGCCCAGCGCGCUCUACCUCAUCCACACGGACCACGCCUACCAGGCCACGGCUCCUGUGUCCAUCCCAUCCAGCAGCAGCAACUCGACUGGCUCGGCCUCCACCAGCUUCACUCCCACCAACAGCUCCAGCUUUAGUAUCUCCUGGCAGUCGCCGCCCGUCACUUUCACUGGGAACAUGGUGUCUCCCAGUAAAAGCCUGGGCUUUGGUGAACAGCGCUCGCAGACCAUAGCCGUCCUCUCGUCCCCACCCAGAGCCACCACCGCCCUCAGUCGGAAGGUGCGCGGCGAGGGGAAGAAGUGUCGUAAGGUGUACGGGAUGGAGAACCGCGACAUGUGGUGCACUGCCUGCCGCUGGAAAAAGGCCUGCCAGAGAUUCACCGACUGAGUGUACCCCCCGCCAACACUUCAGCCAGCGCGCCACGCCAUCGGGCACUGCUGCCUUUCGCCAGAGAAAAGGGGGGAGGAGCAUCAUUUUGCAUGCAUUCGGUUUUCUUCAGCUCAAAAUUGCAACGACUCCGGCUCCGCCCCCUCAGCUCCACUGGCCCAUUCCAGCAGUGGAGGGAACCGAAUGACGGCAGAGUCACCUUUUACAUUGCCGUCCAGGAUUCCCAGUACUGCCUCGCCAUUCCCUUCAUUCCCAGUUUUUGGGAAACCCCAGUGCAGCUAAACAGAUUUUCUGCUGUUUUUAUGUUGGGUUCAGUGUUGCAUCUUUCUAUGUUUUGUAAAGCUCUGGUUUUUAAAUGGAAAGUCUAGUCAAAGAAGGGGUCCAGAAAAAAGGCCAAAAGGUUUUUGUGUGUUUUAUCAAAAGAAAAAGAAAAAAAAUCUUCACUUUUUUUAUCCAAAAGAAGAACAGGCCUCUUUGCUGAAGUUUUUGAAGAAAGUUAUGAAAAAAAGCGUGGAGGUUCACUCACUGUUUUUGUUCUUCCUUCAACUUGUUCAUCUCUUGUUUUAUUUCUGGACUUUUUGAGGUGAUCUUUUAUCACCAACAUCACAGCCUCUCACAGCCUCUCCCGUUCCCUCACCUGUUCUUCACUCCUGACAGCUCAGGGGGAAUGUACGGCAGAGCAGGCGAGGACGGGCUGAGAGGUAGAGAGAAGAAGAGGCAGAAGGAGACACAAGGUGAAUGAUCAAUGCAAAAAAAGAUACAAUUUACAGUCAGGGAAAGCAGACGGUCAAUGUCAGAGAUGUACCACAUGAAACCACAUUAGCAUUCACACACAAACAGACACACGUGUCAUAUCAGAAGACAGGAACUGUUUUCUAUGUCACUUUUUUAUCCAGUUGUUUCAUUUUCUUUGUUUUAUCAGGGAUGGGAUUCUACAGAAAGCAAAAACCAGCAGCUAAAACUUGGGGUUAUAUUGUAUACAGCACUAUCUCAACAGCUUCUCUCUUUCGUUACACAUGACAACUUUGCAACCAAAAACUCCUUUAUCAUGUUCUUAAUGUUUUUGGUUUUUGUUAAGGUGCCAUGUUUACUGUUGCUGAUGUAGUUUCUUUUUUUUCUUUUUUUUUUUCUAACUCUUUUGUUUGAUUGGCAAAACCAAGACUGUUUACCAACCACCUGCUAAAGAAGGUGUGUUAAAAGACCUUCCUGACAGCACUGGAAGCAUGAAACCAGCGGAGUGCGAGGCCAUAAAAAGAUCAACAUCUUUCACUACAUACAGAGAGACAGACUGCCCUCCUCCUCAUCCAACUUUUACACCUUCCCAAAGGGAACAAAAUAACUUUGUGUUUACGUUCGCCGCAGAGGCGCACCUUGAUGAUCAUCUAACCCAAGGAGGAGGGCUAAAAACCAAAAGUGAGGCACUUGCACUGUAUGUGUGUAUUUGAGCACUAGGUAUAUUUGAUAACUCCUGUGGUUACUUCUAUACAGUUGAAAUGUUACUUAUCUACCAAUAGACUUUCUCUGUUUCCAACUUAACUGGUUAAAAAUAGAAGUAACAACACAAAAAAACAGAUUUGGCAAUCCCCACUUUUUGAUCCAUUAUUUGCUCCAAGAGUUUCGGACAAGGGUGGGAAAAGUUAUAAGCACUUGAUUAGGUCACUCCUUUGUUGUUUAAUGUGCUUUGCACACUUGAUUCACCUGGCAACAUGCAAGCAAAGCUUUGGCUCGAACUUUCAAAAGAGUCCCUGUGAUCUGCACGUAACUGAGAGUGAUUGGUAAAAAUGACGCGGUUAUCUGAAUGUUUCUAUUUUAAUUCCAGCCUGCUAGAUGGCUCAAAGGCAGGAAGCAAAAUCACAAAGCCAAAUAGUUUACAGAUGUUUGCUUUGUGGUGAUAGAUGGACCAACGGUUUUGUCACCUGCAGCUGCAUUCUCCUUUUAUUACAGUGUUUGAAAUGAAUAGAAAUGUUCUGUGUUCAGUUUAAGACAAAUGUUUCUUCCAGCUUGUUUCUGCAUUUAAUCUCUGAAUGAUAUAAAAUUAGUUUGAAUGCACGCAUAAAUCUUUAUUGUCAUUUCUGUCGCUUACAGAGGAUCAUUUAACAUAAUCAGAAUUAUUCAAAACCAACACCAGCUAAUAAACUCACAAGCUCGUUUGUUUGAUACACAGGACUUCCAUACCUGAAAAUCAUAGCUUUGUUAUGUUUGCCCAUCUGUUUAUAUUUCUGUCUCUUUUCUGUCUGUUUAUGUAUAUAUGUACUUCUUGUAUUUUCUCUAAGCUCCAUGUUUUUGACUUUGGUCAUUACAUUUGCCACCUUAUGAACAAGACAGGUUCAAAGUAUGAUAUCGUGUGAGGAAAUAAUGUACCGUUUAACCUUUCGGGCUACUGUUGUUUUGAAUAUAGGGAUAGCCUUAAAGUCCCUUUUUGAAAAUAAUCAUUGUGCUUCUUCUUUGUCAUUACAUUGAUAUUUCAGUAAGAAAUAUUUAGAUUAUCUCAAAAAUUAUUAGCCAUUGUAUUAUGUGAACGUAUUAUUGUUUAAGAAAAGACAAAUCUAUAUAUACAUAAAGAAAAAACAUGUUGCAAUUUAAAUUCAAAGCAAAAAAAGACAUUGAUUUGGCUGUUUUUAUUUUUUUCAUAUAUAUGAAUAUAUAAAUAUACUGUUUAAGAAUUUUGUUUUCAUGUUCUGCUGAAGGAAAUGUUUGUUGCUAUUUGUAACUGUAAGAGGAAGCCCAGGCAUGAUUUUCAAUGCAAGCCAAGCUUGUUAUGGUUGUUUCAACGAGUGUGACCCGCACGCUCCCGCCUCGAGCUCCUUCACGUCACGCUCCCCACUGCUGCUGCUGCUUAGUGGUCAAAAAACCACAGUUGAUUAAAACCUUUAUCUUAUUUCCAAUUCUCCUCUCCCAGUGUCACGCAGGCCCACUUGCAAUUAUUUUGAUUGACAUCUCGGCGUGUUCGCGCCAAUGCGUGUGUGUGUGUGUGCUCGCGCGCUCUUGUGUGUGAACAUGAAGGAGCCCCGGGCAAAGUAUGCAGGCUACCACUGAAUCGCGGCGCUCUGCCCGCCCCUCCAAGCAUUGCUCUCCCGAGGAGUGGCACACCUUUAUCAAAUGGCCUGUGGUGUUUCCCUGUCAGGUUGUGUGCAGGUCAAGCCUUCUUUGAGGCUCCUGACAAACAACACUGUGGGGUUUAUGGAUGUUUUUGUUGGUCUAGACCACAGCGGCUAGACAUGGUUGAUGUUUUAUUUUUUGUUUUGGUUUGUUUUUUUGGUAACUGUGUGUACUUCCCUCUGCCCUUUGUCCAUCAUUGUGGUGCUUCAUGUUUGUGUUUGGACUGCCUCCUCCAUUGACAUGUGGGAAAAUCUGGCAGCCAAAUUAGAUCUGGCCAGGGUUCUGUCCAGGAACAAGUCCCCAGUUCAGAUCAUCCAGAGGCUGCUGGCAAGACUGAAUGUUUAAAGUGGCAGCUAAUAUUAAAAGAAGCUCUCUCUGGAUUCUGUUUUACGGUCAGUGUUGUGUCGCUCAAACAGUAAGAUUUGACCAAUCAAGAUCAUCUCACACCUGUGUUUAAGGGUUAAUCCAAAUUACCUCAAAAGUCCAGCAUAUUUGCUUAAAACUGUCCAUCCUCGUAGAUGUGCAGAAUCUGUGGGAUUUGUUUGUGGACUGUGGCCUGGCCUGCAUUGUUGUACUGAGAACAUCUUGGUACCAUUUACUGCCAAUGGCACAAAGACGUCUCAGCAUGAAGGUGCUCUCAGAGACACUCAGCCCAGGUCUGUCUUUGCACACUGUACGCAGUCACACCGGUGCCGUGGCCUCGGCGGGGGAGAAAUGGAGGUGCUAUAUUCCCAUGCAGUGCUGUUUCUCCCAUAUGUCCUCUCAUCUAUUAACUCCAUUUUGUACACAUUGUUAUGCUGUAGAACAUGAAAAUAAAAACACCCUGCCUCAAGUUUACCGA